CCUACUAAGGGGCCUCCCGCGCAAGGCCCGCCUUUUUGUCAAAAUGGCAGCGCCCAGCGUCCUCCCACGGGAGCUGUGAGAGGGGUGUGAGAGCCUUCCCCACGAGAGUAAGCGGGCCCACGGCGCUCCAGACUUUAAACACCCAGGUCUGCGUCUCCCGGCGAGCGGUGGAAUCCGUGAAAGAAGUUUCCACAAUGGUUUGUUCAGCUCUCAGAAGAGUUGCCCACGUGCGUGUCUACCUGGUGAGGACGGCAAGUAGUGUCUCCAGAGGCCACCAGCAUCCGGCCUUGGGCUCAAGGCCUGCUACUUCAGAGUCUGCUGCCCGAGGAGCUCUAGGUGGUGUGGUGGAGCUGUUGGGCCAGUCCUACCCUCAGGAUGACUACAGCAAUCUCUCCCAGAAAGUCCUCUCCAGAGUUGGCAGAAAUCUGCACAACCAGCAGCAUCACCCUCUUUGGUUGAUCAAGGAGAGGGUGAAGGAGCACUUCUACAAGCAAUAUGUGGGCCGCUUUGGGACUCCGCUGUUCUCAGUCUAUGACAACUUUUCUCCGGUGGUCACGACCUGGCAGAACUUUGACAGCCUGCUCAUCCCAGCUGAUCACCCCAGCAGGAAGAAGGGAGACAACUAUUACCUGAAUCGGACUCACAUGCUCCGAGCGCACACCUCUGCGCACCAGUGGGACCUGUUGCAUGCUGGGCUGGAUGCCUUCCUGGUGGUGGGUGAUGUUUACCGGCGUGACCAGAUCGACUCCCAGCAUUACCCAGUUUUCCACCAGUUGGAGGCUGUGCGGCUCUUCUCCAAGCACCAGUUAUUUGCUGGUGUAAAGGAUGGAGAAAGCCUGCAGCUCUUUGAACAGAGUUCUCGUUCUGCCCAUAAACAAGAGACGCACACCAUGGAGGCCAUGAAGCUCGUAGAGUUUGACCUUAAGCAAACACUUACGAGGCUUGUGACACAUCUUUUUGGAGAUGGUCUGGACAUUAGAUGGGUAGAGUGCUACUUUCCUUUUACUCACCCUUCCUUCGAGAUGGAGAUCAACUACCAUGGAGAAUGGCUAGAAGUCCUUGGCUGUGGAGUGAUGGAACAACAACUGGUAAAUUCAGCUGGUGCUCAAGAUAAAAUUGGCUGGGCCUUUGGCCUAGGAUUAGAAAGACUGGCCAUGAUCCUCUAUGACAUCCCUGACAUCCGCCUCUUCUGGAGUGAGGAUGAGCGCUUCCUGAAGCAGUUCCGUGUGUCUGAUAUCAACCAGAAGGUGAAAUUUCAGCCUCUUAGCAAAUAUCCUGCUGUGAUAAAUGACAUUUCAUUCUGGUUGCCCUCGGAGAAUUACACAGAAAAUGAUUUCUAUGACUUAGUACGAACAAUUGGAGGAGAUUUGGUGGAAAAAGUUGAUCUUAUAGACAAGUUUGAACAUCCAAAUUCAGUCAAAGGUGAAGAACGACAGCUGAGAUCUCUAGGCCUUCUCUGAGAAGCAGAUGAUUAGAGAUCAGUUCACCUCCAGCACUUAAGAUAAGCCGCAUUAAGUUCGUGUUUAACUUAAGAAAGGAUAUGGCAUGCAAACUAAGACCUGAAGAUAUGAAUGGAUUUUGGAAUUUGAACAGCAUUUCUUAAAAUGACACAUAAGUGGGGGCCGGAGGGGGCCUCCUUAAAGUUGCAUAUAAUUCUCUUUAGUUUUAGAUGACAGGAAAAUGCUGUGUGGAAUUGCCUCCCCCAAAGGCUGAGUCCACCCCUAGGAACCCAAGUGCAAUGCAAUACAAAGUGCACACAGUGCUUGAAAUUAGACCUGGCCUCCUCUCACCUCUCAAGCCAAAAAUAGCCUCCCCAAAAUGAGAGAAAGAAAGCCAGGAAAGGAAGGUGUGAGGAACAUACUGCAAGGAAACAGAGGAGAGGUGAUUAUAUUUAGAAUGUUAUUUUUUAAACAUGGCUUGAAUCAAUGAAUACCUAUGCAUUGAACUUCUUCAUUUCAAGAUUCCUACUGCAAGAGAAUUUAUUUAAAUAUGAACCCCAAAUAAU